CUCCCGGGGCUGCUCGCUAUCCCCGCAUCCUCCCAGCCCGGAGUCUCGGCGGCUGCAUCCGUGCUACCCGGCAUCCCUGCGUUCCCGCAUCCCGGCAUCCUUCCGUUCCCGCAUCCCUCCAUUCCCGCAUCCUCCCAUCCCCGCAUCCCUCCAUCUUCCCAUCCCCGCAUCCUCCCAUCCCCGUGAAGCCCCGCCGGGGAGCUGAGCCGUGACGCCCCGUUUUGGGGAGCAGCGCGGGGGUCCGCACAGGCCCGGGGGGCCGCGGGCAGGCUCAGCACCAGCCCCGGGGGCUCAGAACCCCCCGAGCCCACCCUCGGCACGGCCGCCCCGCGCCGGGGAUGAGGCAGCGCCGGGGGGAACACGAGCGGCGCCGCAGAUAACGCUGGCGGGAGCUCGCAGCCCCCAGCCCACCAUGCCGUCGUCCAAGAGCGGGAGCGAGUUCUGGAUUGAUGGAUCCCACCGGGAGGCGGCACUGGAAGAUUUCUACGUCGUGGGCCCCGAGCUGGGACGGGGUGCCACCUCGGUGGUGUUCAGCUGCCAGGAGAAGGGCACAGGAACGCCCUACGCUGCCAAGAUCCUGAAGAAAACGAUCGACAAAAAGAUCGUCAGGACGGAGAUYGGGGUCCUGUUGAGGCUCUCGCACCCCAACAUUGUGAGUACAACCCUUGUGACACCGCUGUCACCUCCCUUUGGGUCGGGUCCACGGCUGCUGGGGGUGGGUUUGCCCUUAACUCCAUCCAGUGCAGAGGGAAAGUCACUUCCAGCCCCCGAAAUUCUGCACGGGUGUCCCUACGGGCCGGAGGUGGACAUGUGGAGCGUGGGCGUCAUCACCUACAUCCUGCUCUGUGGUUUCGAGCCCUUCUUUGACCCGCGGGGGGAUCAGUACAUGUACAGCCGCAUCCUCACCUGUGACUACGAGUUCGUGUCCCCCUGGUGGGACGAGGUGUCCCCCAACGCCAAGGAUUUGGUGAGCGAGGCAGCCCCAGGCUUGUAAAACUGUCAAAUUUAUUUUUAUUUUAUUUUAUUUUAUNNNUGGGUCACUGGCAAAGCGGCCAAAUUCGCUCACAUGGACAGCACGCAGAAGAAACUGCAGGAAUUUAAUGCCAGGAGGAAGCUGAAGGCCGCCAUGAAAGCCGUCGUGGCCUCCAGCCGCUUGGGCAACCACGGCCACCACGAUUGCUCCCGCAGUGGCCGYGGCCAGGCCGGGAGCCGGGGACUGGCCCAACCCUCAGUGUCCAGCAGCCCCGAGGCCAGCACGGAGCUCGCCGUGUUCCAGAGUGACCACCCCGUGGCCGUAGCCCCCGUGGCCGUGCCGGGGGCCGGYUGUGACGGUUAACGGGCUCUGGAGUAGCCACAAUCUCCCAUGGCCGGGCUCUGGAGCACCCUCGUGUCGUGUCCUGUCACCCCCCGGUCGCUGUCCCUGUGUCUGUGCCCGCCUGGCUGAGGGGACGAGGAGGUGGUUUUUGUCUUCCCGUUUCUCCUCUGAGCAGUUUGGGCUUGGAAAGAUCCCAAAAAAAUGAGGAGCGAGCAGCAGGACUUAAGGGUUUGUCCCACCUUUGGGUUUGAGGGGUUCCUGUAAAUAAUCCUGGAAGUUUUAUUUCUUCAGGUUGUGCUGCCAUCGCUGUGACAUCGCUGUCACCAGCCCCAGCUGUGGGUUUGCUGCUGUGUUGGGAGGGGUUUUAGGAGCYUUUGACCCCAAAAGUUCCAUCCUCUCUGAGAACAGCCCGUGCCAGCGGUUCCCUUGUCAUUCCCAGGCAGCAGCUGACCCCUGGGUUGUGUUUUUUUGGGUUUGUUCCCCACCUUCUGUGUAUCCCUGGUGGUGGUUUUAGGGUUGUCACGGACUGGGAAUGCUGGUCUGGCCUCCCUUUGGCAUUCCAGGUCAGGAUUUACACAAUUUUAACAUGAGAAUUUACACAAUUCUUUAAUAAGAACAACUCUUCUUACCUUGUGGGACUCUACACAGAACUGCUGUUCCCUGAGGGAGGACAAUGGGUUUAUACCUAUUUUAUUUUUAUUUUUUAAUGAAAUCAGCAGACAAACUUUCUUUUAUUUUUUUUUUAUUUUUUUUUUUUAGGCAGGAAACAGCAUAAGCAUUUACAGAUUUAAUGCAGAACAAGUGACCAGACAGGAAAAGCCAUAUUCCAUGUGGGAAUUACAAAGGGAUCCAGCUGGCCAUAACCUGGACCCCCACAUUUGGGUUUAGAACGAGGGUAAAAAUCCCACCUGGAGCAGAAUAAAUUUGUACAGGAGGUUCAUUCCCCCAGGAUGGAGGUGCAGAAUGGGGCAGGAGGGACAGGAAGGGCAUAAAAAAACCCCAAAAUUGG